AUGACUAGGACUCAACAUCAUCAUCACAACACCCCCCAGUUUCCUGUCUACUGUUUGGACUGGGUCGACGACACAACUCUUAUUCUCGGCGGCGGUGGUGGAGCUUCUCGAUCAGGUAUUGAGAAUAAACUCAAACUAUGCAGAGUCUCGAAAGAUGGAAGAAACGUAAAAUACAUCAACGAACUCAAGCUCAGUGGAGAUGAAGAUGCUCCAAUGACAUUAGCCAUCGACCGGAAUAACAAGCAGCUCAUCACUGGUAUCAACGCCAGUGCAGCUAGUGUACGGGAAGGUAAAAACGAACAGUGUAGGACGUUUUCUUUCGGGAAUGAUAAAUUAGAAUACGUCAAAGCUGCUGGGACAAUUGAUGCCAUUUGGUCCGAUGACUAUCCCUAUCAGAAACUUACUGCGUUCUCGACAAAGCUGAGUCUCGUAGCAGUGGGGACGACAGAUAACCAAGUUUCGAUAUUGAGAUCACCUUCUUUGGAAGUGGUCGCUCCUACGUUUGCUGUGGAUGGCGAGUUGGUCGAUCUGGAUUGGGGCGGUGAAGGUGAAGAAUGGUUGGCAGUGACUACAGAUGCCUCACUCUGCAUCUACCACGUGAACACAAAUGACAAGGUCACUCUGGAAUUGAAGCAAACUAUUUAUCCGCCCAGUCUUGAUAUAUCCCCUGUCGCUUUCCGUGCUGCUCGAUUCUCACCUGUGAAGGUCUCGCCGCCUACCAUUCAUGGGGUUUUGAAUGUUUCCAAAACACCAGCCAAGAGAGGUGCGCCUCGGAAAGCUUUCGUGGUAUCUUUCGGUAUCGUAGCAGGCCCCAGCAUCGCUCCACUCGUUCUUGACUCCUCUCAAGGUAGCACAGUCAAAGGCAAGGAGAAAGAAGGUAGUGACUUGGGCAAAUGGGACGUCUUGGUGAAGCGUGAAGUAGCUGGAAAGCCAAUCACAGUCUUCGAUGUCAGCUCGGACGGACAGUUGCUAGCAUACGGCUGUUCAGAUCUCUCCAUCGGAAUACUUGACUCCAAGACUUUAGCGCCCCUUCUCAAGAUCCUUCACGCACACUCGUUCCCUCCAACCGCGCUCAAAUUCAACCCUUCAGCAUCAUUGAUGGUAUCCGCUAGUGCAGACAAUACAAUACGAGCAGUCGUGGUCCCUGCUUCAUUUGGUGGGGUGUCCAUGACACUCAUUGCUCUCUUGGUGGCGAUCCUGGCUAUCCUAGUAGUACUGGUAAUGAGGAGAUAG